AUGGCGGGAUAUAAUUUUAAAAGUGAAGAGGAGGUUCAGGAAUAUUUAAAGAAUCUUCAUAUAGAAUAUCAAUUCGGUUGUUUAAGCGAGAAGAAACCUGAGGUGUGUCAUCUUUUGGGCGAUUAUUAUGAAUCUAUCAAGCAAAAUUUCAAGGAAGCAAUAAAACUGUACAAGAAGAAUUGCGACGAGUACAAUUAUGGGAGAAGUUGCGCGAAAUACGGCGAUUACAGAAUAAUGGGUAGAGAGUGUGAGAAAGAUCCUGUGGAAGCGUUCAAGUACAUGGAAAAAGGUUGUGAACAGAAUGAUUCCAGGGGUUGUCUUCAUGCAGGUACUCUUGCGUUGUCUCGAGAAAAAAUUGAUCCAGUCAGGGGCAGUCAAAUUAUGCUUGGAAUGAAAUACCUGAAGAAAGCUUGCGAUAUGGAGGUAGAGAAAGCUUGCUUCUAUCUAUCCGGUGUUUAUUUAAAUGGUAUUGAAGAAUACGUGCCAAAGAAUAUGAAGGAGGCGUAUACGUUAUCUUUAAAGUGUUGUGAAUUGAAUAAUCCGUAUGCCUGUGUUAAUUUAUCCAUAAUGCACAAGAAGGGUGAUGGUGUACAACAAAAUGCUGAGUUAGCCCAAACUUUUAAGACCCGAGCUGAUGAACUACUGAGGGAACUUAAAGAAAAUAAAAAGUCAUUGAAAUUUCAUCAGGGUAUUGAAGCUGCUGAUCAGUUUCACGACGUACCAGAGAGACUAUGCGCCGCUACCUAUUCGCUUCAAGCUCCUUCGCCGCUGCAAUACUCGCUGUCGCGUUCCUCGGCCACGGUGGCCGGCAACGAGUCGCAUGCAGUGGUAAAUGUGGCGGUUUAUUACGAAUCGCUAUGCUCAGACAGCAUGCGGUGGAUUAAGCAGCAACUAUUGCCAGAGUACGAUGCAUUGAAAGAUUACAUCAGCGUCACUUUCAUUCCCUAUGGGAAAGCAUCGCACUGGAAAGAUCCAGACAGCCAGAAAUGGCGGUUCACGUGCCAGCACGGAGAAGAGGAGUGCAACGGAAACAAAGCUCAGGCGUGUGCUAUUAACGCGAUUCAGAAUGGAGAAGCAGCUGAUAAGGUUCAACAACUUAGCGUGGCAUUGGUUGGUUGCGCAAUGACCUCACGGUUUCCGCCAUCAUCUGUCCCGCAGUGCGCCAAGAAAGUAGAAUUAAGCGAGCAGACCCAAGCGAACAUCAACGAAUGCAUUAAUGGUCCCCUGUCGAACGAGCUGUUGGUCGCACAUGGCGAGAAAACGAAGAAGUUAAAUCCAAGCCUCUCCUUCGUUCCAACUAUCACGAUCAAUGAAGAGAACACAAAGGAGAUACAGAUCAAGGCGCAGAACAAUUUCUUUAAACUAAUUUGCGACACACUGGGGGAGGGGGCGAAACCGUCUCAGUGCAGCACAGCCUGAAGACAAACGGUUUUUGUUUUAAACCUUUCGUCGCUAGUGCUUUUUAUACAAAGCUUACACUAGGGGCUACUAUAGUAAGUUGACGAAAUCAAUAUUGGAAAGAAGGAGGAGAGACCGAAGAUUCUUCAGCUUCGUCGAGUUACCUAAUUUCAAGGUAAACUUGAUACCACUUUGCAAUGUACAAGUUUCCAUCAGCAAAGCUCAUUCAACAUCAAUUCUCCGAACCUGAUGCAAAAUGAGUUAAUUCAAGCGAACGAGGCUUCAAUUGCAAACUUGUAAACUUUCGACAAAACUUACUCUUUCAUAAACAUUUUGUGUGUACCACUGUAGUGAGUUGUCUUAAGGAUUUGGGGAAAAGAUUAUUGAUUUGAGUGUACCUAUGUAAGAAAAGAAAUAAAACUUAUCGUCGAUACAAUAACGAUACAAUAACAAAUUCUGUCAAAAUCUCUCAUAUAUAAAGGAGAAGAUAUAAAGCGUAACCCUAAUGAUCGAAACCAUGUAUUUGAUAAUGAUAAUAUAUACAAAUCGGCUAUGUACAAAAAUAUACCUAUCAAUUAAAUCUACCUAACUGAGCGAAAGCGUAUAAAAAUCGAGUACAAAAUAUAUAUUGGAAACAAGUCUUUGGAAAUAUGUGGCGUUCGCCACGGAGUUUCUCCUCCAAUCCACCUCCCUUAAACGUUCUUCUCAACCGUCGAUAAAAACCGCGUCAUCGAGGCUGCUUAACUCGAGAAAUUGUUGCUCGAUAUCCGAACUGAGAUCUUGGAAGUCGGGGACCUCGUGCUCAACCUGGUACCCUGUGCCGGCGACAUCGUCGAUGAGAAAGCGUUUCACAGACUCAAACGGGACGAACUCUUGAUUGCUGUCAAGGUUCAUGGAAAUCCUAUCGACCUGACACAGAUUCGUUUGGAACAGAUCCGCGUCCUCGUCCGCGUAAGACUCCUUAGAAGUCUUAUACGUUCGAUAAUUUGAUUCCGCCGUGUAGACGAUUGCCGUUUGCGCUUGUUGUUGCUGUUGCUGCUGCUGC